AUGUCCGUCCUGCACCAAGCUUUGUACGCCGUCGUAGUGUGUUACGCGUGUGUGGGCAUGAGUCUUGUGAUCGCUUGGCCAUCUUCGACCCUGAGACUCUUCUCAUCCACCAACACGACUCUGCAUCGACCGAUGAGCGAGACGGAGACAGCGCUGUUCGGGAGCCUCUCAUCUAUCGGCGCUCUUCUAGCCACACCCCUCUCCGGAUUCCUCCUUGACGCUAUCGGCAGAAAGAACAGCUGUAUGCUGUUUUCGUUGCCACAUUUAAUCUCAUGGGUUAUCGUAGUGCUGAAUAGCCGUGUGGAAGCAAUUCUUGCGGCGAGAUUCGUCUCGGGACUUGGCGGCUGUCAGCUGCUUGUCGUUUCGGUCUACGUCAGCGAGUUCUGCCAGGAGUCGAUCAGAGGGAUGAUGACCUCGGGGGCGAUCAUCGCCUAUGGCUUGGGCAUGCUGGUGUCCUACCUUCUUGGCGGCUGUCUGGAAUACGACACGAAGAAUUACGUGUACCUCACGAUGACUGCAUUCGGCAUCCUAAUACUUUUGCCGUUGAAGGAAUCACCGAUGUUCCUAAUGAAGAAGGGCCGAGAAAAGACGUUGUACGGCCUGCGCGUGGACGUCCCGAGAGGGAUUCUCCACCGCGCUGUAUGCUGGUGGUACCCUCCUGGGGAAGAAAAUUUAAAUUUCGCGCAGACAUUAUGGGGGAGGAAUGGGGAGAGGGCGUCCGGGACUCUCAAAGACCAAACGAAACGCGACAGCAUAGCUGCCACU